UCGGAAACCUGAAAAUAAAUAAACCAAACUUAUUAAAUUUAUAUAAUUAAAUUUAUAAGAAUUUAGUUUACAUUAUAAAUUUCGCCGUUUGAGGUUGUCCUUCUCUCGUUUGGGUCACCGUUAAUUACCCUUUCCAUAUAUCUUGACGGAUUUCGAAGCUUCACGAAUUGACUUAAUUUUGCAAAAUGGGUGGUGCUCCUAGUGGAAAAACUUAUUUAGGCUGGUGGGGUCACCUCGGUGGUCCUAAGCAAAAGGGUAUCAUUACCUACACCUUGUCCCCUUUUCAACAGAAACCUAUGGCUGGUUUCUUGACAAGCUCUUUCCGAAACACUUUCCGUCGUGCCCUUAACGAAGGUCUCUAUGUAGCUAUUCCGUUUGGCGUUGCUUAUUACAUUUACUGCUGGGGCAAGGAACGAAAUGAAUUUUUGAACUCGAAAUGGGGUCGACACUUGGUUGCAGAGGAGUAAUUGUUUGUAUGACAAUCAAACUUCUUUAGAUAGAAAGGAUUUUGCAACGAAUUUUAAUUCUUUCAUUUUCUCUGUCUUUUUUCUUACACUUUCCCCCUCUCGUCGUUUCAUAGCUGAAUUCAUAUACUUUUUCUUAACUGAUUAUCUACUGCCACAGUAGUACCAUUUGUGGUAUGGAAAUGAAAUACAAUUUCAUUCUAUUUAAUUCUACUCUCCAUUGUAACUUGUCUAUGUCCUAGAUUUAAUCUUUUGGAUCCAAUAAAUUACCAAGUCCAUAGCAGCAAUCGCGUCUUCCUCACUGUGAUGCGUGUCAGUUUGGAUCUCUUUGCCCAAAUACCUCUUCGUUAGAUAUUUUAAAGAGUAUCGGAACGGCGGACCUCGCUCAUGCUUAUACAAAAUAGCAGUAUCAAUCACUUGUUCAUGAAUCAGUCUCAUUGCAUUCAAGUCAUUUUCGAUCCCAUGCCCAAUAAUAAUUGUAUUUCUUGUAAUGCCCAAUUGCUUCAGCUUUUCAUACAUUUCUCGCAUGCUGAUUCCAGACUCCAAUUGCGUUUUACUGGUUAUUCCACUAAAACGUGUGUUCAAACUCAGAACGUCUCCUUUGGGACGAAUGAAUUGAUUCAACAGAAUUCCUUCUUUGUCAACUACUGUUAAAUGAACAAGUUCAAAUCCCAAAGUUGUGUAGCAAAGUUCACAGUCCAACGCACAAUACAUUCUUUCUUUCCCUGGGCAGUCGGUCGACAAACUAACGUAAGGCGAAACAUUUGCUAAAUAGGGUAAAUGCUGAUAUCGAUAAACAUGAAACUCUUCACUUGUACAUCCUGAUGACUCUCCUUCUUUCACUUCGCAACAGGUGUAUACACGGAUUUUUUCUCCACCCACUUUUUCUCGAAAGAGUUUUCCCCAAUGAUACUUACAAGGUCCUGUAAGAUUUACAAACUUUGUUCCACAUCGAUCACACUCCCGCAAAGGAUCAUCCGGCUCAGAUGGAUUUAUAUAUCCAAAAUUAUAUCCCCAUAACUCAAGUUGCUGCUUUGGAUGAACUAACUUUGGAAUCAGAUCACUCACAUCUUCUUUUUUCUCUAAAAUUUCCUUAGGCGGUGAUCUCUUUAAGGACAAAAUCUUGGAUUUGCAAGAAGAGCUGUAUACCAUUUUGCUAUUUGUGGAUAAGCAGAGAUUUUUCUCCUCCUCUAGGGAUUUCUCUUUGCUUUCAAUCGCAUCGUAUCCAAGUUUUAAAAAAGCAUCAUAAAAGAUAUGGACCAUGCGUUUUCUAAGUUCAUGACCUGCUGGAGCGUUAGAGUCGUAAACUGGAUUUGGAAUGGCCAUAGGCUCAUUCAUAGUCCGCCUUUCUUUCAGUUUUAUAGCGAACGAGUCAGGCUUCUUGAUAUCUCUAUCCAAUGUCGGUUUCGGGGGCUCUUCCCUUGUCCGUUUGAGAGGCCUUGUGCUUUCAGCUAAUACAGAACUCGGAGAUUUCAAUUCAUUAUCUUUUCGUUUAGUAGAUUGGUCUCCAGAAAAUGAUUCCUUUAAUACCUUGUUUGACUGAGGGUCCUUCUUAAUAGCGACAGUACCGUCUUUUAUAGCUGUAGUAAAAGAAGAUGGGACAUAUCGAAUCUGAGCUGUUGUACACAUGGAGGACAAUGAAAGGGGUUGAUUGUCUUGAAUCUUUUCACGUUGAUUCGCAGAGUUUUCUUCUUGUACAUGCGAAACAAGAGUGCCCUUAUUGUAGCAAACAUCUGCAUGCUUGAAUAUACAGUAUUUCGCAGGGCACGUUUGAUCGCUACGAGCAAAAGGACAGUUUAUAUGCUUGAAAUGGCCAAGUGGAGAGAACAUGGACAAAAACCUGUGUGACCAAACCACGCC